AUGACCCGCGAAAGUUUCGCGCUCAUUUCGACAAGUGAACGAGCGGUACCAGAACAGGCGUCGCUGAUUGGCUGUGAUAACAACUACUCGAAUGCUGAAGACUCGUUCCUUCUUCAUCUCAAACGAAUGAUGAUGAUUGGCGUUCCCAUUCGCAAAUUAUCUCUGCGUUGUACUAAAGUCGCUUCUCGUCAGACAGUGAAACGGAAGCGCGAUGAAGGAGAGAAAGAAGACGGCGAUGGAAUCAACAGAGCGCUGAGCACCGCGUUUCCUGAUACCAUUUUGUGCAGAGAAUCAGAGUGUGGUGUGAUUAGAACCUUUCUAACUGAUCACUUGAAACAUGGAACGUCUGGUAGCCUCUAUGUGUCGGGUCCGCCAGGAACGGGAAAGUCAGUAUGUGUUACCAAGUUAGUUGAGGAGAUUAAGGAUGCUUAUGGAGUUAAGAGUGUUUUUGUCAAUUGUAUGGAGGUUAUGUCUCCACGAAGGAGCAUUGAUCAGUUGAAGAAAUUUGCUACAGUGCAGCAAGUAGUUGUGAUUGUUGAUGAACUGGAUGCUUUGGACGUUAGCAGUCUCUACAAGUUGUUUGAAUAUCCAUCUACCCCAAACUCACAACUCAUACUAAUCGGAAUCGCCAAUGCUUUGGAUCUAACUGAAAGGGUUCUAUGUAGGAUUCACUUGAGAGAUGCAUGCAAGCCAAUGCUUCUGCAUUUCAACCCGUACACGAAGGAGCAGAUACAAACUAUCAUUCAAGCGAGAAUGAAAACGGUAUCUGGGAUAGAGUUGGACAGUUUGUCUAUUGAAUUUUGUUCAAGGAAAGUUGCUGCAGUGACUGGUGACAUUCGGAAAGCUCUCAGUAUGUGCAGGCGAGCUGUGGAACAAUCCAAAUUUGAGAGAAACUCGAAACGACGACGUGUGGAGAACAAUUCUGGACAAACCCAGCUGGUGUCUCUAUCAAACAUGAUGUCUACCGACUGGCAAUCGAGAUCCUCACUGAGUCAACCGGACUUCCCACUUCAGCAGAAACUCACCAUGUGCACCAUCCUGGUCCUCUGGAAAGAGAAGAAACGAAAAAUGGCGACACUCGGAGAACUCUACAAUCGAUACAGGCACAUUUGUCUUGAACACAAAGUCGACUCCAUCGACAGGAGUGACUUUGUAAACGUUUGUAGUCUUUUAGAAGCUCGCGGAGUUUUAUGUAUAGGAAAGGCUAAAGAAGUACGUCUGAGACAGGUGCAGCUAAUGGUUCUGGAAAGUGAGUUGCAUCGAUUUAUUAGCAACGAAGUUUUUGUGCAGAGUAUUCUGAGCUCUGUUUAGCAACCUGUUUUAGUGACAAAUUUUUUGUCGGCAAAUGUGUGUCGUCCAGCGUCAC